AUGGAAUCUGGCUUGGUCUCACACAACCAGCCACCUUCGUCCCGAGCUGCCUUGGCUGAGUUAAAACUGGAGGAGGAGCUCACACUGGCCCAACUGCGCAUUAAGAAGUUGGAACUGGAGGUAGAAACCUCCGGACGUAUCAGCGAAGCAAAACUGAAUCUCACGGAACAGAUCUUCCUGGGACCGGUCACCUUGAAUCCCCAACACCAGUUGAAGGCGAACGUGAAACACGUCAUCAAAGAUGAAGGCGUACGAGAGGAAUUGGAACGUUUGUUCAACUUUGAAGUUACAGAGGCUGCUUGUAAAUGA